AUGCAUGAUUUGUUUGGCCCUUCAGAUGACGAAGACGAAGGCAAAGAGGAAGAUGAAUGUACUUCUCUCAAUAUGGAAGAAGAAGAAAAAGGCAAGUAUAACCUUCAAAUCCCUACGGGUGGUAAGGAUUUGAAGGAGGCAAAUGAGGACCUCAACAUCCUCAACCCUAAGCCUAAUAUGAAGAAGGCCAAGGUCGACCCUAAGCCUAAUAUGAAGAAGGCCAACCUCGACACCAAGCCUAAUAUGAAGAAGGCAAACCUCGACACCAAGCCUGAUAUGAAGAAGGCAAAAGAGGAUGUUGACAUCAAGCCUAAAUUGAAGGAGGCAAAUGAGGACCUUGACAUCAAGCCUAUGGGUGAGCAAGCCACAAUGAAUGACUGA